AUGCUGCUGUUGUUUCUGUUGCUGCUGAUGUUACUGGCAUCUGCAAACAGAUACCCAAGUCGUAGUAUUUACCCCCAGCGCCAGUCUCCGCUGGCGUCUCCGCUGGUGGCGCCAGACGUGGCAGCAGCAGCCUGCAGCAGCAGCAGCACAGUGCAUGCAAACAAGAAGAAAAGUACAAACAAUUCAACAACUGUAGCAACUCGAGAGCUGCUAGGAUACCGUGGGAACGGAGCAGCAGCAGCAACAGCAACAGUAGCAACAGCAACAGCAGCAGCAACAGCAGCAACGGCAGCAGCAGCAGACGAACCGGAAGAUUACUGCAGCGGUAGCAACAGCUGCAGCAACCAAAGCCAAACGGCGCCCAGCUGA